UAGGAGGCGCGCGCAAUGACGCACAUUCCAAAUCAGCAAGCAAUAAAACACCUGAUGAAGCGCUCACCUGCUUAUCAAGACUACAGACUGCUGGAGUUAACAUGGGCACUGAGUCAGAAAAUAAUAGCGUCCUUAAAGAGGGGUUUCUGGUGAAAAGGGGCCAUGUGGUUCAAAAUUGGAAAGCUCGUUGGUUUGUACUUCACCCGGACAGACUUCUGUAUUAUAAAUAUAUGGGCAGCAAACGGGACUCCUGUCAUCGAGGGACCAUACUGUUGAGCAACUGCAAAAUCACAUGUCCUUACCUGGAGUACGAAAACAGACCGUUGGUGCUGAAGCUGCAGACCAGCACUUCAGAGGAGCACUUUCUAGAGGCUUGCACUAGGGAAGAACGUGACGAAUGGGCUGCAGUGAUUGGUGCAGCGGUACAGAACCUCAGCUCACAUGAUGCACAGACCCCCUCCCCAUCACAGAUGAAAGGUUCCACAUCACUCCAGCUUCACAACGUCAACCUCAGUCAGGUGGUGGACUCCAUGUAUGACGUACACACUGGUAUCCGGCUAUGCAGUCAUGUUGAGCAGGGCAGCUCUUACACUAACUGUUUCUCAGGUGCAGCAGUGGUGGAUUGGUUUGUGUUUAAUAAGUUGGCUCUGACUCGUGUGGAGGCAGUAACAUUAGGCUCUGCACUGCUGGACGAGGCCUCCCUGCGGCCCAUCGGGGUCAGGAGCGCAGACGCUCUUCGUAACGCAGCUCUAGGAGAACAGUUCCUCGAUGACUCCACUGCACUCUACUGCUUUUCCCAAAGCUUCCAGAAGAGAGGCAGUGUGAAAGCAGAGAAGUCUUGGUCUGUGGUGGAGCUCGGUGGAAAAGUGGUGAAGAGAGGUUACCUGCUCAAACAGGGGCACAAAGUGAAGAACUGGAAGGUGAGAUUGUUUGUUCUGAGGGCAGAGCCUAGUUUCCUGCACUAUUAUGAUCCUAGCAAGGAUGACAUCAGUCCAGUUGGCAGUAUAUCUCUGCGUGGCUGUCUGCUGUCUGCUCUAGAUGAUAACGGCAUACCGUCAGGUGUUAAAGGUAAAGUUCAGGGGAACCUCUUUAAAAUCAUCACUCAGAUGGACACACACUAUUACAUCCAGGCCCCAACACACGAAGAGAGGAUGGACUGGAUCCAAGCUAUUAGACUACUGACUUAAUAAGGUCAUUGUUGGUAUUGCUAAAUUUAUAUUUCUGUCUGUCACACAUCUUUAGAAAUCUUGUGCUGUUUUAAUAGUGGUAGAUGUGGUGUUUGUGUAUGUACAAAGAAAACAGAUAUCCAGUGUUAUGCAGAAAACAAAAACUUAUACAUUUAUAAUAAAAAAGGUAAUACAUGUGGGGCCAGCACAAGGCCUCAUUCAAGUCAGCAUAUACAAUUUU